AAGAAGGAAGGAAGGAAUGAAGGAGCAACAGAAAUCUAAGAGAGAACACCAUGUGAUUUGGCAGAAAUGCAACAAUUCUUUUUUUCCUGGGAUAUAGGACUCAAGAGGACACAAGGAAAGAUAUGAGAUUAAAUAAGUAGUUAAGGAUCAGAUCAUGAAGGGCCUUGUAUGUUAUGCUCAGUUGUUUGGAUUUAGCUGCAUAAUGAUAAUGUUUCAUUGCAGCAGAGCUUACAGACUAAAUGAACAUCUCUGGAUCAGGAUCCCAUUCUGAAUCAGUGAGUGAAUUCAUCCUUCUGGGCUUUCCCUGCAGCAGGGAGAUCCAGGUCAUCCUGUUUAUGUUCUUCUCCAUCAUCUACCUUCUGACACUCGUGGGAAACGGAGCCAUUAUCUGUGUUGUGUGUUGGGACCAGCAUCUCCACGCCCCCACGUACAUCCUGCUGGGGAAUUUUGCCUUCCUGGAGAUCUGGUAUGUCAACUCCACUGUUCUAAACACACUGGUCAACUUCCUCUCAGAGACCAAGGCCAUCUCUUUCACUGGUUGCCUCCUUCAAUUAUAUUUUUUCUUUUCCAUGGGCUCCACUGAGUGCUUCUUUCUCUCAGCAAUGUCCUUUGAUCGAUACUUUGCCAUCUGUCAUCCUCUGCAUUAUGCCACAGUUAUGACUGGACAGCGUUGUUUCAACCUAGUGAUUUCCUGUUGGGUGUGCGGCUUUCUCUGGUAUCUGGUGCCUGUUAUUCUCAUCUCCAGACUGCCUUUUUGUGGCUCAAAUGUGAUUGACCACUUUGUAUGUGACUCAGGCCCAUUGCUGACCCUUUCAUGUGUUCCUGCCCCCAUGUCCAAACUCACCAGCUACACACUAAGCUCCCUCAUCAUCCUCCUUAGCUUCCUUUUCAUCCUCAUCUCCUACGCUCUGGUUCUACUCGCUGUGCUUCGGUUGCCCUUGGCAUCCAGUCGACAUAAGGCCUUUUCAACCUGUGGGUCCCAUUUGGCUGUAGUGCUGCUUUUCUACGGGACCAUUAUGGUGAUGCACGUGAGCCCUGGGUCCAGCCACUCUGCCCUGAUGCCAAAGAUGAUGACCUUGUUCUAUGCAAUGGUGACUCCACUCUUCAACCCUUUGAUUUACAGUCUCAGGAAUAAGGAUAUGAAAAAUGCUCUCUGGAAAGUUCUGGAAGAGUUUAAAAUUUCUUUAAAAGUCUUCAGCAGCAGGCCCAGGAGGAAUAUGGAAUAAUCUAGUGUAGUGUGAUGUGGGUAAAAUGACCAUCCUUUUACUUUCGCUCAUUUGUAUAGUCAUUCAUUCAAUAAAUAGUAACUGAAUGUGUGCUAGAUACUGUGCGUAGCGCCAGAUUAUGAAAAUAAUUUUUAAAAUAAAUCAGACGCCGUCUCUUCCCUCAAAUAACACUCUACUGGUGGAGACAGACGGGUAAGAAAAUAAUUACCGUAAAAUACAAUUAAGUGUUCUAAUCAAUAUAUGUACAGGUUGUCACAGGAACACAAACUAAAAAAACAGUAAGUUUUGCCUGGGGUGGUGGGCAGUAGGAAUUAGUGUUAGGGACAAUGUCAGUCAGCAUCAUAUUAGACCUGUGUAUUUUGUGAUGGGUUAGGGGAGAGUGUCUUUUAUUUCUGUUUAACUUCUAGCUAGAUUUCUUUUUCAGUAUUACUGUGAUAUCUUUGAAAGGAUAUGGAACUUUAAAUUAGAAGGUCUGGAUAGGAACUCAAUUCUUCCAUUUUAAUCAACUACGUGAAUUUGGCAGAUCACUUUAUUUCAACUAAAAUUGGAAUGGUAAUUCUCACUCCCAGGGAACAAUUAGUAUGAGGGUUUAAUGAGAUCAUUGGUGUAAAAGUUCCUAAUACAACUCUAUUACAUAGAAAGCACAAAAUAAAUAUUACUUGAAUAUGAAUAUGGAUGUGAAUUCCAUCUUCUUUUGUUCUUCAUCAGAAUAAAAAAAAAAAAUCUCAGAUCCCCCAUGAAAGUCACCUCCUAUAAAUUUUGGUAAAGCCCUUUUACAACAGAUCUACUACUCAACUUUUCUUGAGACAGAAUACAUUAUGUUUCCUCCAUUUAUAUCCAAAAUAAAGUUUAGUCUUGGUUUGGGGGUGUGUGCGUGCAUGCAUGCACAAUAUUCUAGAGAAAUAGUCUUCAAAACAGGAUCUUACAUACCCCUGGGGAUACACAGAGACUUUCCAAUAGGUGCACAAGCAUGCAUAGUUCAAUUUCCAGAUCCUCGACUUACAUACAUACAUUUUCCUAAAGAUGCUGUC